AUGUUUCAAAUUUUCUCUCUCUCUCUCUCUCUCUCCCCUCUCAAUUUUCUACCACCUCCUUUCUAUCUCUAUUUCUUUCUCUCUUCUUACUAUUCUCUCUUAUCUGUUCCGAAGUACCUUCCCUCUUUCUUUUUCUCUCUCCCCCGCUCAAUCCGCUUUCACCUCCCUUUCUUCCUUAAAUUGUUUCUCUCUCCUCACUAUCCCUCUCAGUCUUUCUUUGUCUCCAUAUCUCACAAACUCUAUCUCCCCGUUUCACUCAGUCUGUUCAUACCUUCAGCCUCUCUCCCCCCUCUCUCUCUCUCUUUCUCUUCUUUCUUUGUUUCCAUGUCUCUCAAUCUCUAUCUCCCUGUCUCUCUCAAUCUAUUCAUAAUUACCUUCCGACUUUCUUCAUGUAUAUCCCACUCACUCUGUUCUUUUCUUUCUCUCACUCUCUCUCUCUCUCUCUCUCUCUCUCUCUCAAUCUUCUGUUCCCACCUCCCUUUCUUUCUCAAUUUGUUUCUCUUUCCUCACUAUCUCCCUCUGUCUUUCUUUGUUUCCAUAUCUUUUAAACUCUGUCUCCCUUUCUCUCUCAGUCUGUUCAUACAUUCAGACUCUCUCUCUCUCUCUCUCUGUGUUCAUAUAUAUCUCUCUAACUCUGUGCCUAUCUUUCACUAUCUCUCAAUCUGUUUAUAUCCGUCUCUUUUCUCAUUGAUUUUUUUACCGAAUCAUCUCUCUCAGUCUAUUCACAACUCCCUUUCUUUCUCAAUUUGUUUCACUUUUCUCUCUAUCUCUCUCAGUCUUUCUAUAUCUUCAUUUCUCUCUCGAAUUCGGACUCUUACUCUUUAUAGAGCUAUUCAAAAUGUCGACUUGAUUCCUUCAUUUCCUCUACCCAACCCGACUUCAAUAUUCACUUUCCAGCCGAUACGAAUGUCUUUCAACGCACGGACGCCAACAAACCUUCUCCCGUCUUCCUCACUGACUCGCUAUUUAUGCCUGCAUCAGGGGCAACUAAAAUUUGCAUAUGAGACUUACUUCUCGUUCGCCCGAGACUUACUUCACGUUCACCCGAGACUUAAUUCUCGUUUGUCCGAGACUUACUUCACGUUCGCCCGAGACUUACUUCUCGUUCGCCCGAGACUUAAUCUCGUUCGCCCGAGACUUACUUCACGUUCGCCCGAGACUUACUUCUCGUUCGCCCGAGACUUACUUCACGUUCGCCCGAGACUUAAUUCACGUUCGCCCGAGACUUACUUCUCGUUUGCCCGAGACUUAAUUCUCGUUCGCCCGAGACUUAGUUCUCGCCAAUCUAUCUAUCUAUCUAUCUAUCUAUCUAUCUAUCUAUCUAUCUAUCUCAUUCUAUUCAUAUCUGUCUCAGUAUAUUCCUAUCUAUCUAUCUAUCUAUCUAUCUAUCUAUCUAUCUAUCUAUCUAUCUAUCUAUCUCAUUCGGCUAAUAAUCUAUCUAUCUAUCUAUCUAUCUAUAUAUCUAUAUAUAUAUAUAUAUAUAUCGUUAACUUCUCUCUUAAUUCCUAA